UGCGCGUGCGCAUAAAGCAUAACAGGAUUGGGCUGGAAGGCGCCCCACCUUCCUGUCUCCGCCAAUCCAAAUGCACUGGGGGGGUGAGACCUCGCCCUGACUGGCCGGCUGAGAGCUUGCGCGCGGGUUUCGUAGAGUCGCAGUGGCUGUUCGGCGCCAUGGAGUCAGGAUUGAUCCGGCCUUUAGCCCAGCGUCUGGGCGUCGCCGAGCCCAGGGUGCUGAGGAAAGCAGAGGAAUUCUUGAGGUUGUCCCAUGUGAAGUGCGUUGGCCUGUCUGCACGUACCACGGAAACCAGCAACGCAGUCAUGUGCCUGGACCUCGCGUCUUCCUGUAUGACCUGCCCUUUGGACAGGGCUUAUUUAAUUAAACUUUCUGGCUUGAACAAGAAGACAUAUCAGAGCUGUCUUAAAUCUUUUGAGUGUUUACUGGGCCUGAAUGCAAGUAUUGGAAUAAGAGAUCUAGCUGUGCAAUUUAGCUGUACAGAAGCAGUGAGCAUUGCUUCAAAGAUUCUGCAAAGCUAUGAGUCCAGUCUUCCACAAACACAACAAGUGGAUCUUGACUUAUCAAGGCCGCUUUUCACUACAGCUGCACUACUUUCAGCAUGCAAGAUUCUAAAGUUGAAAGUGGAUAAAAAUAAAAUGGUAGCCGUAUCUGGUGUAAAAAAAGCCAUAUUUGAUCGACUAUGUAAACAAUUAGAGAAGAUUGGGCUGCAGAUUGACAGAGAGCCUGGAGAUUCAGCUAGUCCACUUCGGAAGAAAAAAAAGACAGUGAUUGAACCUCCAGCCAAGGAAAUUGAGAAGGUAGUAGAGAUCUCACACAGACCACAAAAUGAUGACGAUGUGACACAGGAUUAUGAAGAAUGGAAAAGGAAAAUUUUGGAAAAUGCUGCCAAAGCACAAAAGACUACAGCAGAGUGAUUUCAGCUGCUACAAUGCCAUGUGCUGCAAGUCAGCUUCUGCCAACCCGCCACCCCAAGGAGGAUCUAAGGGCUUUGGAGUUUUGUUUAAACUUUUAUGACAAGAAUCCUAAGACCACAAUUAGAUCUUAAUAGCACAGUGACUGGCACUGGGCACUGGGCAGCAGGCUGCUCCUGCUGUGGGCAGCAGAGUCAUUAGAACAGCCACAGAGCCUCGUUGACAUUGUCUCGCUUUCCACACAUCUGCAUUCUCUACGAAAUGGAAUUGGAACCAUUCUGCUUUAUUGUUUUGUUUUAAGCAAAAGAACCCUUGUCAUAUUGAAUGCAUAAAAUUCAGACUGAUUAGAAUUUUAUGGGUUUUACUUAAGUGUGUAAAUUUUUGGUUUGACUAAA